AUAUUAGGUAUAUGUAUAGAUAUGGAGGGUAGAACCAGUCUUGCAAUAAACGAUAUACGGAACGCACGCCUAUUAUUUGUCACUGGCGAACGAGGCAUGGUUUUUAUCGUUAUUUUAGUAAAUACGCGCUAAAAUCAAGUAUUAUUUGUGUACGAGUGAUAACUAAAUCUAAAUAGUGUUAAAAAAACAAUGGGCGUCGGCAAAAUACCCGAGUUUGACGUGAAAGCUGGAAAUUGGACUAUGUACUGUGAGAGGUUAGAAAUGUAUUUUCUCGCGAACGAUAUUAAGGAUCAAGUGAAGUUGCCGACACUAAUCGCUGUAAUGGGAGAAGAUGCCUAUCAAUUGUUAUCUACGCUAGCAAGCCCCAACCAACCUUCGUCUUUGACCUUCACUAACGCGGUGACUCUGCUAAAAAAUCACUUGCAACCGAAGCCCUCCAUCUUGGCCGAACGCUACAGAUUUCGACAGCGGCGCCAGGCAGAGGGAGAGAGUGUAGCUGAGUACGUGGCAGAACUGAAGAAGUUAGCAAAAACAUGCGAUUUUGGUACCAAUUUAGAAGAUAAUCUUCGCGACCAACUUGUUUGCGGCAUUGUCAGUGAGUCGACGCGGCAAAGAUUGUUUGCAGAGGACGGCAUCGGCUACUCGAGGGCAGUCAGCUUGGCUACGACACUGGAGGCGGCAGAAAAGAAUGCAGUCGCCGUAGAUCGUGACGCUAAGAUUAUCACGGGUGUACAUAAACUUGAAGCGAACCAUAAAUGUAUGGCGUGCGGUGAGAUUGGGCAUAAAACGGAAAGCUGUAAAUAUAAAAACUUUGAGUGUAGUUUGUGCAAAAACUUAGGCCACUUAAGGAGGAUGUGCCCUGAGAAAAAUGCAAGAUUCGGAGUGACGGAAACGGCGGGCAGCCAGUCACAAUCACGCGGCGACGGCGUGACCUAUAACGGUAGCGGAGCACGCGGUAACCGAUCAGCUGGGAGAGGCGGCAGCGGGCGCGGGCGCGGGCGCGGAGGGCGCUCGGGCCGCCGAGGCACGAACAACUAUUGGGUGCACGCGCACCGGGCAUCAGCUGACGCGGCGAGCGAUAACGGCGGAUAUACGUCGGCGCUAGACUAUAGUUGUGAUUCGGAUGAUAACAACGAACCUAUGUACCAAAUGUCGUUAAGCAAAUAUAAACCGGCAUGAGUCAUUGUUUGACGGCACCUUGGGGCGGUACACGGGCGGCACGGUGCGGCUGCAUGUACGCCCGGGCUCGGGCCCGGUGU